UGAAGUUCAAGAUGUAACUGUUAGUUAACGUUAUGGCACAUCAUUUAAUCAAUUGCAGUCAGUGUUGUUCAUGAAGACGAAGUUUUAUAUGAUGACUAGAUCAAGAUAAUAAUCCAAGUUUAACCCUUUGUCACCGAAAUGGGUGUGACCAACUUGUGGUCAGUGCUGGAACCAGUGCAAGUGCACCAAACUCUCUCCUCGCUGAAGGGCCAAACCUUAGCUGUGGAUCUCAGUAUCUGGGUGUGUGAGACACAAUGUGUCAAACAGAUGCAAGGGGUUGUCUCAAAACCCUUCUUAAGGAAUCUUUUCUUUCGGGUUUCACACUUGCUGCAGCUUGGAAUACAUCUGGUGUUUGUGAUAGAGGGGAGAGCCCCGGAUCUAAAACAGCAGGUGAUGGCCAAGCGUCAGGAGUCUCGGUACGCGAACAAGAAGGCUGUUGGGGGCCAGAGAAGGGGAGGGCGGAGAAACUUUAAUGCCUGUUUAAGAGAGUGCUGUGAGAUGCUGGACUAUCUCGGGGUACCCUAUGUACAGAGUUCUGGAGAAGCUGAGGCUACUUGUGCAGCCCUGAAUGCCACAGGGGUUGUAGAUGGUUGUUUAACAAAUGACGGAGAUGCAUUCUUAUAUGGAGCAAGGACUGUUUACAGAAAUUUUACUAUGAAUACAAAAGACCCUCAUGUUGAGUGUUACAGUAUGACUGACGUGGAAGAGAGACUAGGUCUGACUAGAGAGAAGUUAAUUGCCAUGGCAUUAUUACUUGGAUGUGACUAUUUACCCAAAGGAGUCCCUGGAGUAGGCGUAGAGAGAGUUGUCAAAUUGAUGAACUCAUUAACAACACCAAAUGUUCUGAAAAGGUUUGAGAUGUGGAAGUCUAUGUCGGAGACAUUGUGUGUAGACAAAGUGGAGGUGUUUAUAAGACGUAAAGCUGCACACAUUCAGGACUUCCCACAGAAAGAGGUUGUACAAGAAUUUCUGCAAGACAUGAAAAAAUGUCCCACAUGUGUCUCAAGAUGGAGUAGGCCAUCUAUGGCUGAUCUUCAGGUGUUCUGUGUCAAUAAACUGGAGUGGCCUGUCGAGUACACCCUGGAGAAGGUCCUCCCUCUGAUCACACUGUGGGACAUGACAGACAUCAGUAAAAACAACUCACCCACAGGCAGGCAUCUGAUCCCCCAAAGAAUUGUCAAGUGCCGCGUCAGGCAAGGAGUAAAUUGCUAUGAAGUUUUGUGGAAUAAACCAGCUGCAGACAGUGUUUGCAGUGAAGAUCUCUAUAAAACUAUAGAGGAACAGGCUCUGUUUAGAAGAAGUUAUCCACAUAUUGUUGCUGAUUUUGAAAUAGAACAGGCCACCAAGAAAUCCAAAGGCAAAGGUAGAAAAUCAAGAAAGAAAACAACAAACAGGGUAAAAGAGACAGAAGCUUCAGAAUUGAGUGAAAAAUUGGAGGAUAUAAAUAAACCAGAAAAUAACAGUGAUGAUGUGGAAACAGAUGAGGAUGAGGAAAUGAUCAAGGAAGAUUUGAAUACACAGAAUACAAAGUCACGAUUUGAGAGUGUUGAUAAACCUGAUGCAAGUUUACUGAAUAUACCUGUAACUGUAAAGCAACAGAUGAAAGCUUCACCAAUGCAUAGACUAGAGUUAGCAAUGAGAUCUGUGGCUAAGCAAUCGGUAAAAGGGAAUUCUGUGGUUGUGGAGAGGAAUCUGAACUUCAGCAGUAGUGAGGAGGAUGAGGGGGAAUAUCUACCCCUGUCACAGAGACUGCAACUGAAAAUCACUAAAUCGAGAGGAGUAAGUAUCCACCAGUCGGGAGGGUCCCCAGGUGAGCCCCAGGGUCUGGUUGGAGGGGGAGAGGAUGUGAUGGUGAGGGCAAUAUCUCAGGGUGUGUCUAGUGCCCUUAGGGACAACUUCUCCAGUGACAGUGAGACUGAAGAUCUGUAUACAUUUCCCUCACAUCCAGAAACUAGAAAUAUUCAGGUGGACAUACCAGGAAAUAUGGCAUAUAAUGAUGAUGAUUUAAAGGAAAAUUGUAAAAGUGCCAUAAAUGUGAAUGGUUCAGAUCCAGAAAUUUCAUGUAAACACCUGGAGACAUCACUUCCUGGAAAUUGUGACAAUCCUGGUGCUACUUCUUUGGGAACUCCUGUAUGGCAACAAAGUUUUGUUAAUUCCAAACUGCAAAAGUUAGACAAGACAGAAUUUCUGGACAUGCCUAAGCUGAACUUUACAGUUGUGACUCCAGAUUUGCAUGGUAGAAGUGAAUCCAGUCCUGGGAUCAGAACAAAAGUGUCAUCUUCAACCCCUGAUAGAUCAGAAGACUGUGUGUCCAGAUUUUCACACAAUCUGUCUAAUCUGAGUCCCCACCUGUCAGAGGAGGUGAUGGUGUCACCUCUCCUAAAAAUAGAUUCUCUUCAGAGCCCUAUUGACUCUAUUCAAAAGUUGCAGGGAAGCCAUAGUAUGUCAGUGUUGUGGGAAAACAUGUCCUUCAACAAUACAAAAGUGGCCAUUGAUUUUGGUAACUUUGAAGUACAGACUUCAUUGCUGAAUUCCUUCAGUAAACUUAACAUUACAGAAGGGGAAAUGUCUUCUGUGAUGAAUAGUUUUCAUGAAAAAGUCUCAAAAAUUCCAAAUGGGGAUAACAGUUGUGGGAAUGGAGAACAUUCUAAAAUCCCCGAAAUCAAGGAGGGGUGCAGUAACAAUACUCGGGGUCAAAGGUCUGUGAUAUUUCUUAAUGAUAGUGACUCUAUAUGUGAUGGUGGCAGCAUAUUGAGUAAUGAACAAACUAAGAACAGGGAUGAAAAUCGAAAAGAUUCCACACAAACUAUUUCUGCAUUACAGACAAUCAAUAGACAGAGCAGAUUAUCCAAGAGUCCACAAAUCAGGUCUAACAAGGAUAAGACGAGAGUCUCUGGUCUGAGUUCUCCUGUGUGUGGGGGGAAGGAGAAUGUCCUAAAUGACAGAGGGGAGGAGUGUAGUAAACACAGCCCCAUGUCUCUGAUAGAAAGAUUGAGACAGAGACUAGGUAAUCAUACUGACUCCAGUAUCAUCAAUAAUAUCAAAUACAGACCUCUGUCUGUGAAACCACUGAAAUAGUUUUGUAACCUUUACACACAAUAUAAUAUUUUUAGAAUUGUAUGUCUUAUUUGUUGAUAUUGUCAGCUACAAUUGAAAUGAACAAUAGUCAUGCAAGGGAAGAUUAUUUUGUAGGAAAAAAGCCUUUAGCAGAUUAUUUUAUUGCAUUUUUAAAGUGCAGGGUUGAUUAAUUGCCCUUUGUUGUAGACAACUGGAACAAUACAAUAAUUAAAGCACUUUAUACUUUUAAA